AUGACCGGCCAGAGCCUAUGGGACGAGUCGGAGGCCAACUUCGAGGAUGGAGAGGUCCGCGUCAACGUGGGCGGCUUCAAGCGGCGCCUGCGCUCGCACACGCUGCUGCGCUUCCCGGAGACGCGCCUGGGCCGCCUGCUGCUCUGCCACUCGCGCGAGGCCAUCCUGGAGCUGUGCGACGACUACGACGACGUGCAGCGGGAGUUCUACUUCGACCGCAACCCCGAGCUCUUCCCCUAUGUGCUGCAUUUCUACCACACCGGCAAGCUGCACGUCAUGGCCGAGCUGUGCGUCUUCUCCUUCAGCCAGGAGAUUGAGUACUGGGGCAUCAACGAGUUCUUCAUCGACUCCUGCUGCAGCUACAGCUACCACGGCCGCAAAGUGGAGCCGGAGCAGGAGCAGUGGGACGAGCAGAGCGACCAGGAGAGCACCACAUCCUCCUUUGAUGAGAUCCUGGCCUUCUACAACGACGCCUCCAAGUUCGACGGGCAGCCGCUGGGCGACUUGCGCAGGCGGCUGUGGCUGGCGCUGGACAACCCGGGCUACUCGGUCCUGAGCCGGGUCUUCAGCGUCCUGUCCAUCCUGGUGGUACUGGGCUCCAUCAUCACCAUGUGUCUCAACAGCCUGCCUGACUUCCAGAUCCCCGACAGCCAGGGCAACCCUGGCGAGGACCCCAGGUUCGAGACGGUGGAGCACUUUGGCAUAGCCUGGUUCACCUUUGAGCUGGUGGCCAGGUUUGCUGUGGCCCCCGAGUUCCUCAAGUUCUUCAAGAACGCCCUGAACCUUAUCGACCUCAUGUCCAUCGUCCCCUUCUACAUCACUCUGGUGGUGAACCUGGUGGUGGAGAGCACGCCCACCUUGGCCAACCUGGGCAGGGUGGCCCAGGUCCUGAGGCUGAUGAGGAUCUUCCGCAUCCUAAAGCUGGCCAGACACUCCACUGGCCUCCGCUCCCUGGGAGCUACCUUGAAAUACAGCUACAAAGAAGUAGGGCUGCUCUUGCUGUACCUCUCCGUGGGGAUUUCCAUCUUCUCCGUGGUGGCCUACACCAUUGAAAAAGAGGAGAACGAGGGCCUGGCCACCAUCCCCGCCUGCUGGUGGUGGGCCACCGUCAGCAUGACCACAGUGGGCUAUGGGGAUGUGGUGCCCGGGACCACGGCCGGGAAGCUGACUGCCUCUGCCUGCAUCCUGGCAGGUAUCCUUGUGGUGGUACUGCCCAUCACCUUGAUCUUCAAUAAGUUCUCCCACUUUUAUCGGCGCCAAAAGCAACUUGAGAGUGCCAUGCGCAGCUGUGACUUUGGAGAUGGAAUGAAGGAGGUCCCUUCGGUCAACUUAAGGGACUACUAUGCCCAUAAAGUGAAGUCCCUCAUGGCGAGCCUGACGAACAUGAGCAGGAGCUCGCCGAGCGAACUAAGUUUAAGUGAUUCCCUGCAUUAG